UUUUUAUAAAUUUGUUUUAAUUGGACUGUUCCAUGGCAGGGAAGGCUUCUUUUCUCAGUGGGGCUCUCUGUACAAGAUAACCAGGAUUAAAGACCACAACCAGUCAUUGAAUAAGAAAAUCCCUGAGAAGAGAGAAACAGCUGGAGAGAGGCCAAAAUCUCUGCCAAGAGAUGCUUCAGUGAGUGAGUGCAUUCACUCUGAUGAGGGGGGCCAGAGGAUAGCUCUUGAGAAACAGUUCCUGAAUUAGCUUUCAGUCUUGUUAUCUGGCAGUGAACUUCAUAGCUUUCACAACGAGGAGCGGGCUUUACAAUCCAGCCCAGUGUCCUCCCAGUGAUGACAUACUGGAUGUCACUAGGCUGUAUAAGAAAGACUGUCAGCUAAGGAAACCCAUUAGUGAAGGCUUGAAGUCUUCUUUUUCCUUGCUGGGUAUUGCUUUUGGCAUGAGAAUAAAACUGAUAGUGCAAAAGGAAGGUUGACAGCAAAGUAAUAAUGAGAAAAAGGAUUAAACUGAGUUUAAGUUUCUAAAAGUGACUAGUUUACAUUAACGGUUUGCCGGGAACACAGAGAAAGUACUGGGCAGAUCACACGGUGGUGAACAUCUGAGUAUCUGAUAGCAAAGAACUGCAAAGCAUUUUGCCCUUUCCACUCAUUAGUGAAGACUGCUCAUAUAUUUGCAGGAUAAGGCCUAGCCUGACCUGCUCUUUAAGCUCAAGGUAUCCAUUUUUUGAUCAGGGAAAGGCAUAAGGUUAAAAUAUCAAAUGAACCCAACAUUUCUUUGAGGUGCCAUUUGCUUAUUUCUUUUGAAGUCACUUGUGGCUCUUUAAUAAGUUGUACUCACCACAUUUUUAUGUCCUUUUAAAUAAAACACAUGUGGCUCUUGGCAGUGCAGCUUAUAUGCUCAUAAAAUCUGAGUAACUUUGGGCUAAAUUCUAAUUAAGAAAUUUAAUUGAGCAUCUAGUUGCUCCUCUGUCUAUGUGAGCAGCAGCUGGGGACCACCUAAUCAUUCAGAGAUCUGGGCUACUUUCCUUUUGUUUAUUUAAAGAGCUGUACGUGACACUGUUCUUUCUUUACAACAAACUCCCUUGAAAUAUUGGAUACCGAAUGAAAACAGCAUGUAGACCUUGUGGCUAUUCCUAGACAACCAUCUGAGUAUUCUGUAAGUGAUACUGAAGCUCCCUCUUUUUGCCUUAGGUCAAAAUCCUUUCUUGUGUCAUGUAGAAAAAUAGCAACAUUCCUUAUUCUUGAAAGGCUUUACUGUUAGAAAAGCUGAAUUGUCAAAAGAAACAUUUUAUUGUUAUAGAGAUUUCACCACUGUCAUUUUCCACCGUGUUCUUCACUCUGAGACUUUGUUAUACAUCAAAACCAAAUCCAAUGUCAAUCAUCUGUCUCUCGGCAGCAGAAAAUGGCAUCCGUAUGAAGAUUAGAGCCCUUGAAUGAGACUUUGAACUUGCCGUACUGGUAAAUAUCCAGAGCAGCUUUGCUGCAGUCAUUACAUGUAUUCCGGUGUAACUCAGGUCAGCCUCUCUGUACAGUGCCCAGCUUCUUCUGAGAAGACUCAGUUGCACUCUGAUAAAUUAAACAGUAACACCGAUAACAACCCAGGUGCCCAGAUUUUUCAAUGGUCUUCCCCCUGCCAAGCCUAUUUAGCCGGGUUUAUUUACAAUUACAGCAUACAACAGCCUGAUAUCUACCAUAUUUCAUAGCUUCUGCAUCGCAGGUUUGUUAACGGCCCAGUUCUGCUGAAAUGGUUUCAUCUGAUAAGAUUACGCUGGUAAGCUGGGCUUAACCUUGGGAAAACAAAGAAUAGAUUGAAAUCAAGAGUUCACCUUCCUUCCUCUUCCAGUCUACACAUGCAGGUACAGGCAGCACUUCCCUCCCGUUUUAAACCACAUCAUCCUGCCAGGAAAAUGCCAUCUCCCGGUUCACGCGUAUUUCCCACCGCAGCGGCGCGGAGCGCUGGUCGGCGUCUGCCACCUGCUGGCAAAGCCUAAAACCUUCAAGAACUUAAAUCGGAGGCUGAAGUGGUGUCUUAAACACGCCUAAAACCCAGCGCCUUCAGCUCAAACCACCAUGGUACAAACAGGACAAUUUCCUGCUGCUGUUGCUCUUCCCACAUUUUUGUCUGCAAAGGCUGUGCCGGCAGAACUCUGUCAGAAAAAUACCUCCAAAAUGAAAACAGUUGUCAUUGCAUACAUACAAUGCUUUUACAGCACGGUGAUGGGGAGGAGGGAUGGCACAUCAGAACUGGCUCCAUCCAACCUGAAUUUCUACUCCUGGUGCAGCAGAACCUUAUGAAACAGGUCUCACUUCAUCUAGCCCCAUUAGGCUGCAAAGUAACUGCAGGCUGUCCAGAAGCGCAGCCUGGUGGUGCGCCUGCGGAGCAAACCUUUCCUGCAGGGGCUUAGAGCGUACUUCCAGAACGGAGCUUUCAGGCAGGGAGCGGAUCUACCUGGGAUCGCCUCCCUUUUCCUUUUGCGGGGCGGAGGGAGGCAGGGAGCCUCGCAUGUCUUCAGUGGGAUGACGGUAAAAGGUACGACAUCCCGUUCUACACACGCACACAUCCAAAACUCCCUCCGGCGGGCGGAUAUUUCCCUCUCCCCGCGAUACCCUUCGCGCACUCUCCGGGGCACCCAUACGCACAGGCCCCGGCGGAAGCAGCCCGCUGGGGCGGGGCGGCACAGCACAGGCGGCCAUGGCGGCGGGCAGCGCGGCGGAGCGGCGGCGGCGGCUGUGCCGGCUCUCGGCGCUGUCCGUGUACCGACGGGCGGCCUGGGCCGAGCGGCCCGGGCGUCGCCAUGCAGGCGGCAAGUGGGCCAAGGUACGGCCGAGGCGCGGCGAGGCGGGAGGCGGUGGUUUGGAGCCCGAGGCCCCGCCGCAGCCGACCGCCUCCCCGCCCGUCAGCCGCGUGCAGCGGGCCAAGGCGCCGGCCCACAGCCCUGAAUGGGAGCGGCAGCGCGGCCCAGCGGAGAGCUGGGGAGAAGGCGGCGGCGUGGCGGGGCUGCUGCGGCGGCUGGGGCGGCUGGAGGACAGCCGGGAGCGGGCAGCGGAGCUGUUCCGGUGGCUGCUGGCCCCGGUGUCGCCGGCGGAGUUCGUGGAGCGGCACUGGGAGCGGGCGCCGCUGCUGCUGCGGCGGGGCGACCCAGGCUACUACGCGGGGCUCUUCUCCACGGCCGACUUCGACGCGGCCCUGCGGAGCGGCGGGGUGCGCUUCGGGACCCACCUGGACGUGACCAGCUAUGCCGAGGGGGUGCGGGAGACGCACAACCCCUCUGGCCGGGCCCUGCCCGCUGUCGUGUGGGACUUCUACCAGAACGGCUGCUCCCUGCGGCUCCUCAGCCCGCAGACCUUCUCCCACACCAUCUGGCACUUCCUCUCCAUCCUGCAGGAGCACUUCGGCAGCAUGGCGGGGGCCAACACAUACCUCACACCGCCGGGGACGCAGGGCUUCGCCCCCCACUACGAUGACAUUGAGGCCUUCGUGCUGCAGCUGGAGGGAAGGAAGCACUGGCGUGUCUACAGCCCCCGGGUGGACGCUGAAGUGCUGCCCCAGUUCUCCAGCGCAAACCUCACACAAGCUGAGCUUGGCGAGCCCAUGCUGGAGACAGUGCUGGAGGCCGGGGACCUGCUUUACUUCCCCCGUGGCUUUAUCCACCAGGGUGACUGCCUUCCUGAUGCGCACUCCCUCCACAUCACUGUGUCUUCCUACCAGAGGAACUCCUGGGGGGACCUCCUGGAGAAGCUCCUGCCAGCUGCCCUGCACAUGGCCCUGGAGGAGGACGUGGAGUUCCGGCAAGGGCUUCCCAUGGACUACCUGGGAUACAUGGGGGUUGCCAACUCGGACAAAGUCGACGCUCGCCGAACAGCCUUUAUGAAGAAGGUGCAGAGCCUGAUAAAGAAGCUUCUUGACUAUGCCCCCGUUGAUGCUGCCGUGGAUCAGAGAGCCAAGUCGUUUCUUCAUGACUGUCUCCCCCCAGUGCUUACACAAAGUGAAAAGCUGAAGAGUGUGUAUGGCUUCCCAGCCAGGUGGCAAGACGCAGGCCCCUGCAAUGUUGAUAUUCUAAUAACAAAAGACACAGAAGUCCGUCUCCUCCGCCAUGGCAUCAUUAGAUUGUGUAAUGAAGAAGCAGGGGUGAUGUUGUAUUACACGACGGAAAACUCAAGAGUGUAUCACAAGGAAGAACCCAAGUUUCUUGAGCUAGGUCCCGAGUAUAUAGACAGUAUCGAAUUUCUCCUGUCUUCCUAUCCAGACCACAUCAGCGUGGAUGCCCUUCCCUGUGAAACCUUGGAGGACAAGAUAUCUCUAGCCACGCUCCUGUUUGAGAAGGGCAUUCUGACUACAAAGAAGCCUCUGGUGCAAGUGUAACUCUUUUUUUAGCAAAAUAAACAUACAUUUGUUUAGAAA